AAUUAUUCUACAUUACAAAUUGAAACAUUUAAAUUAUUAUUACAAAAGACUGGUAAUUACUUAGAAAAUAUUGGAUUUGGAUUAUCAAGAAAUAAUAAACAUAAGAGAAAAUUAUUUAAAUUAGUUAAAAUUUAUUGUGUUAAGAUCAAAUUUUUAGAAAUAUUUGGAAUAUCUAGAUUUAAUAAUCAAAAUAUUUAUUCAGUACUUAAUUUAAUUAAAAAUGUUCAACAAAAUCUUAAUUAUCUUUCUAUUAUUUUCUAUUGACUUAAUCAUAAAAUUGAUUCAAUUAUAUUACAAAAUUUAGGUCAAAUACUUCCUAAUAAAUUAAAAUAUUUAAGAUUAGAACUUAAAUUAAAUAUAAAUGAUUUGGAAAUAUUUUUAAAAAAUUCACAAAAUAUUUUUAUUAAGAAAUUAUUAAUCAGAAAUCUGAUGAAUCGAAGUGAAGAUAUUUUACCUUGUAUUAAGAAAUACAUUAUGAAAGAAAAAAGGG